CAGUAAACAGUUGUAUGACUGAUUCACAAAGGUCAGACAAAAUGUCAAAGAGGACAGCUCGCUCCGGUAAGUCGUCAUGUGAGGGAAAAUCGGUUUCAUCUGGAGUUGGCAGGUUGCCUAAAGAAAACUGGAGGGAAACAAGAACGGCUUCUCAAUGUUUGUCACACCUCUGCCUCUCAGAAUACCUUUCUGACACCAGCUUUACUUUCAAGGACAAUCACAAAAUAAAGCUUCCGGCUCAUAAAUUUCUACUGAGCAUGCGAAGUGAAGUGUUUGAAGCCAUGUUUUAUGGUUCACUUGCAGAAAAAGGAGAAACGGUGUUAAUUGAAGACAUAAAACCUGAAGUGAUGAAAACUAUGUUAAGGUUUGUUUAUACAGACAAUCCAGAGAUCAAUGAAGAAAAUGCUUUGCCCUGCUUGUAUGCAGCGAAAAAAUACAACUUGCCUGGCCUCAUAAACCAAUGUUCGAACUACCUUGAAAAAAAAUAUAUUGACAUUGAUAACGUUUGUUUUGUUCAUGAGCAGGCCGUUAUUUAUGAACUGAAACCGCUACAAAAGAAAUGUUUUAUGCAUACAUACAUACAUCUCGGAUAA